AUGAACAGUUGGAUUGAAGAUGAAAGUGAUGAUGAAGAUUCUUAUGACCAAGGAAGUGCUUCGGAAACGCAAGACGCUGAAAGUCAAACAUCAGAAGAAGAUGAUGAAAUUGAUUUAGAAAAUCUUAAAUUAGACGACGAUUCUACUCCAAAAAGUUUAUAUAGUUCCAAAUCCGGAAUCACCUGGUCUUCAAUUCCGUAUCCUUCAAAGAAAGCAAAGUCUUCAAAUGAUACAAGUGAAAAGGCUGGACCUACUAAACUCACGGAAGAUGUAUCAUCUAUUCAAGAUGCAUUUAUUUGUUUUAUAUUGGAAAAAAUUAUACAAAAAAUUUUGAUUUAUUCUAAUAUGGAACGUACUCGAAAUAUCGCUUCCAAUGAAAAAUCAGAAGAUAUAACAAUGAUGGAACUAAAAGCUUUUAUUGGACUUUUAUUACUUGCUGGUUUAUUAGGAAAAUCGAAAAAAAAACAUUAA